CCUUAGUAACCACGGCGGGCCUGGCGCUUGGUAUCUUCUUCAUCGUCACCUCUAUCGCUCUCUAUGCUUACUAUUACUCCGAGGCAGACCAAGCCAAGCGUUCUGACAGAAGUUGGGAGCACAAGGGAGGAAAGAUAACGGGCUGCCGGACACGUCUCGAAUGGUGGGCGUGCUGGGGCUGCUGGAGGAGGCGUGGGCGGGCUACGGCGUGAAGGAGCAGGCGUGUAGGAGGCGUGUGUCCUGCGAGGCUGAGCUGUGGGUGUCUCAAGGGGUCACCACGCCUUCAGCUGUCCUAUUGUCACGUCUGAUUGGGCAAAUCACGUACGACGACCUGGUGGAGGUGUCCGUGAGCGAGGCAACGGAGGUUUGGGCAUUACGUCAGGCAGCGGAGCGUGGCAGAGCGGAACGAAACUGCCGGGCGUACGAACAACAGUGUCCCAACGUGUCCAUAACGAGCAUCCGUAAAAAAUAAGGGUUUGGGACACGGAAGGGAUGACGGGCUGACUCACCACUGACAGACUGACCUACUCUCUCUCUCUCUCUCUCUCUCUCUCUCUCUCUGGAAGGGUGUUAUUUUUUCCCCGUCAUCUUUCUAUUCAUAUUUUCUUGUUCAUUUGUGUCUAUUUAUUUAUUUUUUUCAACUACAUAACAUACAUGGCUGUUCUCUGACUUUCUCUGUCCAUGUUUGUUUAUCUGUCUGUCUGUC